GGCGGACUUGAGUUCUGUCAUCUAGAAAGACUCGAUUUAAUUUUGCUUCAACAACUGAUCAACUUUCUUUUUCUUCCUUUCCGUUUUUUUUUUUUUUCUUUUGCCAGAUGCCAUCUCCACUUCCAAGCCCCAAAAACCCAUGAACAAAACCAAAUACAAAACCCAAAACAAAUCAAACCCACUCUCCACUCUCCACUCCCCACUCCCCACUCCAACAUGUUUUUCUCCUCCACUAGAGCGGUGGCGAGAAACCACACCCACAUUGAGUCCGAUCCGAUUUCUGUCGCCUGAAUCUUUCAUCGCCUAGGUUGCUUUGUUAUUGCUUCUCUGGUUUGCUGGGUUUUGCAUCGUUGCUUCUUUCUUCUUCGAUGUUGAUCUCUGCGUUUUGAUCUCUGAGAAGCCAACAAAAGCGACGAUCUUACAUGAGAAUUGAGACUUUUUGAUGGCCGAAUCGAAGACAAAAUCCCAGAAACUGUCUCCCAAAAAAGACACCUGGGUCGAUAGGAUCAGCGAUCUACCAGAAUCUCUUAUUUGCCACAUCCUUUCAUUUCUUCCAAUCCAAGAGGUAGUUGCCACAAGCAUUUUGUCGAGCAGAUGGCAACACCUUUGGACUCUCUUCUCGAGACUCGACCUCGACAGUAAAACAAUCGGCGAUUCAUUGUCAUGCGGCCAAGGUCAGUGCAAACCCUUCAGCUUUGGACACAUUGUGUCCACACUUUUGACUCUACACAGAGCACCUUACCUACGAACUCUUCGCCUCAAAUGCUUCUUGUGUCGUAAAUGUUCUCGUCUUGAUAAAUGGAUUGGCAAUGUCGUUGAGCGUAAUUUGGAAGAACUUGAUCUCCAGAUUUAUGGUGAUUAUUUGUUUUGGAAAUUGCCUCAGAGCAUUUUCUCUUGCAAGACGUUAGUAGUUUUGAAUUUAAAUGGCGCAAUUGUGCUUGAUCCUCCCCCAUCAUUUCAAUUCCCAAGCCUAAAGAUACUCCGUCUUGUACAAAUUGUUUAUAGACCUGACUCUGUUUUUAGGCUCCUCUCUGGCUGCCCGGUUCUCGAAGAUUUGUCAUUUCAAAGACAAGCUUUGAAGGCUGUGUUCAAACAUAAAAUAUGUGCUUCUACUUUGAAACGUUUAAGUAUAACUUUUGGCCAACAUGACUUCGAUGGAUCUGAUUUCGGUUCUCUUGAUUACAAACUGGAGAUAAAUGCCCCAGCUCUGGAGUACUUUAAGUUUGAAGGUCAUCUGCGUGACAUCGUUUUCCUUCACAAACUAGACAGCUUAGUUCAGGCUGAUGUUUAUAUUAGUAGUUUUGAGGCUCAUACAUUUGGGGUAGGUUGGGAAGAUGAUAGACAUCGCAAUGAAUGUUGUGCAGAUAGGGUAUUCAACUUUCUUGCCGCACUCUAUAACGUCAAACUCCUGUCAUUUUCCUCUAGUAGAUUAAAGUGUCUCAGCUAUGGUUCUGCUUGCCUUUCCCAGUUCCAAAAUUUGGUCCAAUUGGACUUCAAAGUGUAUGCUUGGACAUGGCACAUGCUACAAGCCUUGCUCCAAAAUGCUCCUAAUCUAGAAGUUCUUUUUGUUACUCAUAAGAGUCGUGGUUACCUUAAACACAAUGUAUGCUGGAAGGAGCCACCAGAUGAUCCUAAUAAUUUGACAUCUUGCCUUACUAGUUUCUGUUAUAAAGGAUUUGGUUUCGAACAUGUACUGGAAUUUGUAAAAUAUAUUCUAAAGGAGGCAAGAGUGUUGAAGAAAGCAACAAUUCAUGUUCGUGGUCAUGAUAGAAAGUUAAAGGAAAGCAUUGUCAAGAAAAUAUCUAGGUUCCCAAGGUGCUCAAUGACAUGUCUUCUUACAGUCAAUUGAGGUAUAUUUGUUUAACUGCUACUCAGCAACUGAUUGGAUGUAUGUUCGAAGUAUUUUCAGUUAUAAGUAUAACAGACACUUCUUGUGGUAUA